AUGGCAGACGUGGACUCUCUGAGUGAGGCCUUGAAGGCCAUUAGCGUGAGCACAGAACUGAUUGAGGAGGAGCUGAAGCCUCAUCUGGACAUCCUGCUGAAUGCACUGCUGGAGAAGGAAAAGAAUGCUGCAGUAGAGAUAGCCAGAAGUGGGAUCUUGCCCACGCUGGCUCAGGCCUUGCGGCAGAAAAGUCGCCUGACCAGCCAGGUGACGCUGGUGGUGGCAGAGAUGGCAAGGGAAGCUGCGGUGAGGGAGUCUUGCAUCGACGCCGGCCUGGUGAGCGUCCUGCUGCCUCAUCUGCAGAGCAACAACCAGGAGAUUCUGCUCAACACCGGCAGAGCCAUUGGCCGCAUCUGCUUUGACAACUCGGCUCAACAGGACCGGCUGGUGCAGGGCGGUGUGAUUCCCAGACUGGUGUCCAUCAUGAAGGAAUACCCGGAGAACGACCCACUGGUCAAUGUGUGUCUGCUGGCUCUGUGCAAUCUGGCUGACAUGGAUUCAGCACGGGAUGCCCUUGCAGACCUGGGUGUAGCAGAAAUACUGAUCUUCCAGCUGAAACGGGCACCGGAUGCAGAACGUAGACAUGUCAUACUGGAAAUACUGGGAUCACUGGGGGAGAGUGAUGUGUUGAAGUUGCAGUUUGCAGAGUCUGGUGUUCCGGAGGCACUGUCAAAAAUGAUUCAGGGGCUGCAGGGAGGCACCGACCCCCAUGACCUGUGUAGCAUCAAAAUUGCCUCCAACCUGAUAGUUUCACUACUUCUAGGAGAUGAGUCCAUGCAGAAGUGUUUUGGUGAGGGAACAGGCCUAGUGUACCAGGAUGUCCUCUCCUGGCUGCAGAGCUCCAACUCACAGCUGCAGCUGUCUGGUGCUCUGGCCAUUGCCAACUUUGCCAGAAACGACAGUAACUGUGUGAAGAUGUUGGAGCUGGGGGUGGUUCCUCACAUCCUCACCCUCCUGGAACAACAUGUGGAUGAAGGCGACGUUUCUGUUCAGCAUGCCGGCCUGAGCGCCCUGAGGAACCUGGCCAUCCCCGCCAGCAAUAAAGUGCGGAUGCUGGAGGACGGUGUGACGGAGCGGAUCAAGAUGCUGCUGCGGUCCGACAUGCCUCCAGUCCAGUUCAAACUGCUGGGAACGCUGCGUAUGAUGGUGGACGGACAAGAGGAGACGGCGGCGGUGUUGGGACGAGAUGGGGUUCUGUUGGCCCGGGUCAUGGAGUGGUGUGAUGCUAAAGACCACGCAGGAGUCCGAGGAGAGGCCAACCGGCUGCUGGCUGCCCUCCUCAGACACAGUCGCAACCCUGACGUUAUCCAUGCCAUAACUAAAGCAGGAGGAAUGCGACACCUUAUCUCCAUGGCAACCAGUGAGCACGUCAUCAUGCAGAACGAGGCGCUGGUCGCCCUGGCGAUCGCAUCCGACAUUGACAUCGACUCUAUGCAGGAUCCGUUCAGAGAGGCGGAACUCGUCUCCAUUCUGCUGAAGAUGUUGGAGGAUCCUGUGGGAGCCGUGGAGGUCAAGUUCAGCGCGUUGGCUCUCAUCUGCAGCCUGGCAAACUCCAGUGUGAUGAAGGAGGAGAUGGGGUCUCUCAACAUGAAGGAAAGCCUCAGUAAACUAACAGAUCACACCAGUACCAAACUGGCCUCUCAGGCCCGGGCCGUACUUGCCACACUAGACUCCAGUUAG